GAAUGAUGCCUCCAUGUGCCUUUCACGCUCCACACACGAACUUGUCUUCUUCCUCUCCGAUCACUAAUCCCAGCCUCCAUCUCUGUUCUCUUUCCACCUCUCGGCUCAAAGAGAGAGGAACAAUUUCUCAUCGGCUGGGAGGCCAUGGCUUCUACUAUCCCCUCUGCAUCAACAAUCUUCCAAUACCAAAGCCGCGCUGGAAACCCCUUUUCCUCCCGCCGCAGAGACCUCGUUCUGGUAUUUGCUCCCAUCCCCACCAACUGCCUCUCUGAAACAUCGAUAAUAAGCCCAUCUAUUGCACAGUGCAAACGCAGCGCGAUGAUAAACUUUGUGGUGAGGGAAGGCGGUGGCGCGGACUCGUUAGUGGAGGCGGAGGAGGAUCAGUUUGAGGACGUUGUUAUGCCGACAGCGAUCAAAAGCUCUUCUGCUACGCAGCGGUCGGAGAGAAAGAAGGCCGAACGGAGGGCGUAUUUGGUUGCGGCGAUGAUGUCCAGCUUCGGAUUCACGUCUAUGGCUGCCGCAGCUGUGUAUUAUAGAUUUGCCUGGCAAAUGGAGGGAAGCGAGGUUCCAUUGACAGAAAUGAUGGGGACAUUUUCUCUUGCUGUUGGGGCUGCCGUGGGUAUGGAGUAUUGGGCCCGAUGGGCACACCGAGCAGUAUGGCACGCUUCGCUUUGGCACAUGCAUGAGUCGCACCACAGGCCGAGGGAUGGCCCCUUCGAGCUCAAUGACGUCUUUGCGAUCAUCAAUGCGGUCCCUGCAAUUGCGCUCCUCGCAUUCGGCUUCUUCCAUCGCGGGUUUUUUCCCGGCCUUUGCUUCGGCGCCGGACUGGGAAUUACUCUAUUCGGGAUGGCUUAUAUGUUUGUCCAUGACGGGCUUGUCCACCGGAGAUUCCCAGUGGGUCCCAUUGCCAACGUACCCUAUUUCCAACGGGUAGCAGCUGCUCAUCAGAUGCAUCAUGCGGAUAAGUUUAAUGGCGUCCCAUACGGGCUCUUUCUGGGGCAUAAGGAAUUGGAGGAGGUUGGAGGGAAGAAGGAAUUGGAGAAGGAGAUUAAGAGAAGGAUGAAGGUUUUUUAAUAGCAGCUCCAAUGCUAGCUAGCUGAACUUCUGGUUUUAUUGUUUUGAUUUUCAUAUUUUCUUAGAUUUUAUUUGGGACGGUUUUCUUCUGGCUUCUUAAAGUCAUUUUUUAGUAUAAAAAUUGAAAUUUUUAUAUUAAAACACAGCUUUAAGAAGCAGUGAAAAAAUAAUCCCAAAUGAAGCCUUUGAAAUAUUAUAUAUUGGCUUUUCCCUGGUAAAGUUUUCAAGAAUAAAUAAAGGUUUGCUGCUUCAAUGAUUUGAUAA